AGUCCGAGUCGGUGCACGAGUGGCAUCAAUGGCACGCCGAGUUGAAUGACACGGCUCGCCUAAACCAACUUUGCAUUAUAUUGAGAGCCGAUAUGGUGAGUGCCAAGGACCGCAAGCGCAGCAUCGUCGAGCGCAAGCUUCGCGACAUUGGCAUUCACGCCGGUCGGUACCAGAGUUCGUUUCGCACGCGUCCGACCAAGUCGCGCCACCCCGUUCGAGUGCGUCGCCAGCUAGUGUGGGAGUCGCUCUUCAUGCGCAAGUCGCGCUGCGAACGCCGCGGCAUUGUCCAGCGACCGUGGGAAUACCCCAUGGCUGCGCAAAACCUCGCGGCCAUUCUCAUUCAAAGGCGGGUUCGGGGUGCGAUAGCCCGAACGGCGCUCCAGAAGGGCACCAAACCUGUCAAGCGAGUGCUCCGAAUGUCGCUCAUGCACCGCUUCAUCGCCCAUCACAACGGCACGUUUGAGGACCGGGACGGGUUUCGUCGCUUCUGCGCCACGCGGAUUCAGGCCUGGUAUCGCAUGCGCAAGCUUGCGUGGGCGUACGAUCUGCAGCGUCAUCCCAUGUACCACAUUGCGGCCAUGCAGAUCCAGUACAAGUGGCGCAUGUACUACCAAAAAGCAUUGGCCGUCUACGAAAUGACGCCGCGGGACCGCGCCGCCAUGCGCAUCCAGUGCCUCUGGCGCGGCUACACCAACAAGCGCAUCUACCGCUACUACCGCGACCUGGUCAACUUUCGCAAUACUGGCGACCCGAUGCUCAUGCUCAAGGCGAUCAACCCCGCAGAAGCCCAUUUGCUCGAUGCCGCCACGAGCGCACAAGUGCGGUUUCGUCUCGGCGGCUCGGCGUUCCCGCCCACGAUCUACUACAAGAUCUUUACACGCGGCGCAGUCUGCGACAUGAACGCGUUUAGUCCAAAAGACUAUACAACGGCCCACCAAGUGGGUCCUCGCAACAUCAACGUCCAUUCGACCGCGCCGGGGGUCGGGGUCACCAAAAUCAUCCGCGUCGGGAACGCGUUCUACGGUGCGAACCAGUGCGGCAGCGACACAAGGGGGUGGUACCGCCGCUGGGACAACAACGGGUGGCGGCCCGUGACGUGCAAAGUGCUUGCGCCGACAAGUGACGUGGAUCCUGUCACGAUUGUCACGGCAAGCAAGCGCAAGGCCCACCACCAUCUUCGCGUCGUGCGUCAACAGCAGCUGCUGCAGCAGCGCAAGGAGAAGAAGCGGCAGUGGAUGAAGCAGUUGUACUUACAACAUGUCCAACCCACGACGACCGAGCCGGGAGCGGCACCCGAAGACGACCUCGACGCCUACCAAAACCAAGUCGAUUUUGACGCUGACGACUGGGAAGCCCAAGCCAACGACAUGUGCGAUUGGGCGUCCGGACUCGACUUUGACCAUUAUCUGGUCAACUGGACGACACUGGGCACGACCAGCACGGCCAAGGACGAACUCUUGUCACUUUAGCUGUCUCCUAGCUAGAAAGUGUUCUACAACCAUUGAUUACACGACAUUGGAUGCUGCAAGCCCAGGCGUUGACCCUCCUUUAAUGACCUCGAGUGUAUUGGGCGGGAACGCAAC